ACAAUAUUUGUUACAGAUCAUUAUGUUAAGAUCUGGAUUAAAAGUGGUAGAAGAACUGCAGAUGAAAAAAACUGUCCAAAACGAUGUUUGGAAAACGAUGUUUCAGUAUUCAUCUAGGUGCGUCAAAUGCGGUGGAGACCACCGCUCCGUGAACUGCACAAAGGACCGAGCUAGUCCAGCCAAAUGCGCGCUCUGUUCUGAGUUACACACGGCCAACUUCAAAGGAUGCCGUGUUUAUCAAUCCGUUACAAAAAAACGCAAAAAUACAAAUGUACCAACGCCUACAAAGUGUUCGUCAAACGAUGUCCCAGGAGAUCAUGCUCGGCAGCUUCCAAGGAAAUCCUAUGCUGCAGCGACCAAAACGGUAACCUCUUCCAUGGAAUCCAUCACAAAUGUUUUAUCAGAAUUUAUUUCUAAUUUUAACUCUUUAAUUACUCCACUAAUUAAUCUCCUUACCGAGAUUGUCAAUAAACGUUUCUGUCCAUAGUGUACAGGUUUUUCCCUUUUUAUCUAUCUUUUCAUCGUAUAUCAGACCAUACCUACAAUUACUUAUCUUUAUUUACUUUAGUUUGUAUAAACACGUUGCUAUUUUAUCUAUUUGUAUACAUUUUGCUCAUGCUAACAAAUAUCAUUAAUUUUAUAUGUCAUACUAUAUUUUAUACCAAUUGUAAUUAUCCAUAGUACUUAAAAAUUUUAAUUAUCAUGUUAUAAUGUUAAAAAUUAUGUAAAC